CGCGGGUGCCGGCGCAGGCGCGGCGGGACGCGGUUUGUCUCCUGCCGGCGCUGGUAGCGGCGCCCCCGCCCGUGCUUCCUGCCCGCAGCGAAUGGAACCCGCGGCGCCCGCGACUAUACUGUAAAACCUUAGAUCAGUGAGAAUGCACCAUGGCAAUGGUCCUCAGAAUGCCCAGCGCCAGCUGCAGAGAUCCAGGUCCUUCACGGGCAGUGAGGGAGAAGAACAGCAGGCCAAUUUACCCCAGUCCCCCGCAGCCUCCUUCGCGCCUUCCGCGAGCCCCUCGGCGCCGCAGUCGCCCAGUUACCAGAUCCAGCAGUUCAUCAUGAGCCGGAGCCCCGUGGCCGGGCAGAACGUGAACAUCACCCUGCAGAACGUGGGCCCGGUGGCCUCGGGCAACCAGCAGAUCACGCUCACCCCGCUGCCGCUGCCGAACCCGACGUCCCCGAGCUUUCAGUUCAGCCCCCAGCAGAGGCGCUUUGAGCAUGGAUCCCCCUCGUACAUCCAGGUCACCUCUCCGCUGCCCCAGCAGGUGCAGUCCCAGAGCCCCACCCAGCCCAACCCGGUGCCGGUGCAGGCGCUGCCCAACGUGCGGGCGGGCACCCCUGGGCCUGGCCUGGGCAUGUGCAGCCAGAGCCCCACCAGAGGGUUUGUGGAUGCCAGCGUGCUCGUGAGACAGAUCAGCCUGAGUCCUUCCAAUGGCGGGCACUUCGUGUACCAAGAAGGACCUGGGAUCGCACAGAUUGCUCAAGGAGCUGCUGCACAAGUGCAGCUCCCGUCGUCCGGGCCGCCCGCCACCGUGAGAGAGCGCCGGCUCUCGCAGCCUCACUCGCAGUCUGGGGGCACCAUCCACCACCUCGGCCCUCAGAGCCCCGUGGCCAGCGGGGCAAAUAUGCAAUCUUUGACUAGCCCGGGCCACAUCACCACGACCAGCUUGCCACCCCAAAUCAGCAAUAUUAUCCAGGGGCAGCUCAUGCAACAGCAGCAGCAGGUGCUUCAAGGGCAGCAGCUGAGUAGACCCAUUGGAUUUGACAGGACUUCUGGUGGAUUGAUAGCAGGAGUUGGAGGACCGAGCGCGUUUGGGAUGACAUCACCUCCUCCUCCCACAAGUCCUUCACGGGCCACUGUGCCACAGGGGCUGUCGAGUCUUCCUCUCACUCCUACAGCUAACACAGCAGUGAAAAAACAGCCCAAAAAGUUGGAGGAGAUUCCUCCUGCCAACCAAGAAACUGCUCAAAUGAGAAAACUAUGUUUGGAUCAUCACCACAAGCAGAUGGAAAUUCUUAAGGAAACUUUUAAGGAAUGUUUGAUUGAACUGUUUUUCCUGCAACAUCUUCAAGGGAAUAUGAUGGACUUUUUAGCUUUUAAGAAGAAACAUUGUGUUCCUCUGCAAGCAUACCUGAGGCAAAAUGACUUGGAUCUGGAGGAGGAAGAAGAGGAAGAACAAUCUGAGGUCAUCAAUGAUGAGCAAACGCAUACAGGGACUCCAGCGCCGGGGACUGUGAGCACCAUAGAGAUUGAAGCUUUUAAGAGACAGCAGCAGGCCCUUGCACCAGCAGAUUCGUCUAAGAGACCACGAAUUGAAGUGGGCCGUCAUGGGAUGGUUUUUCAGCACCCGGGUGUGGCUUCAGGAGUUCCUCUUCAACAGCUAAUGCCAACGGCACAAGGUGGGAUGCCUCCCACUCCACAGACGGUGCAGCUGACGGGGCAGAAGCAGAGCCAGCAGCAGUACGACCCCUCCAAGGGCCCUCCGGUGCAGAACGCGGCCAGCCUGCACACGCCGCCACCGCAGCUGCCCGCGCGCCUGCAGCCCGCCAACGUCCCCAUGGCAUCACUGCCCGCCACCCUGCAGCUCCCGCAGCAGCAGCCUCAGCUGGUGGAACCUCCAGCCCAGCCUCAGAUCCAGGUGAAGAUCCAGCCCCAAAGCGUGCCCCUGACGGCCGCCCCGCUUCCAGCGCCGCUGCAGCAGCAGGUGCCACCAGCGAUCCACGUGCAGGGACAGGUGCCCAGCCAAGUGUCACAGCCGCAAGCUACCAUACAGCAGCAGACUGUGACUCUGACACGACCAUCUGCAGAUCCUGCUCAGAGUUCUCAGCGUCUUGCAGCAAAUCCACUGCCACCUACCUCAUCCAUCGCUCCAGCAGCGAUCCCAGGCACAACACCACCUUCGCCAUACCCAGUGCAAACAAACAGGACCUCUCCAGCCACCAACAAGUCUCUGUCUCCUAUUGCAUCCAAGCCUCCUGGCUUAGCAGUGGCAGCAGCAGCGCCUAAAACACAAAGUCCAGCUCAGAAUGCAGCAGUGUUGCCACAGGAAAACUCUCAAGACAAGCUGGCUGAGCAAGUCAAGCUGGAAAAUCAAAUCCACCAGCGGAUAGCAGAACUGAGAAAAGAAGGUUUAUGGUCCCCCAGGCGACUGCCUAAACUCCAAGAGGCUCCAAGACCAAAAUCCCACUGGGAUUAUUUGCUGGAAGAAAUGCAGUGGAUGGCAACUGAUUUUGCCCAGGAGAGAAAGUGGAAGAUGGCAACUGCUAAGAAGAUGGUAAGAACUGUGGCUCGUUACCAUGAAGAAAAGAAACUUAAUGAAGAGCGAGCUAAAAGGGAGGAACAGAACAAACUGAGGAGGAUUGCAGCAUCCAUUGCUAGAGAAAUAGAGUAUUUCUGGUCUAACAUUGAGCAGGUUGUUGAAAUUAAACUGCAAAUUGAAUUUCAAGAGAAAAGGAAAAAAGCUUUGAAUUUAAAGAGAUUUUCAAGGAAAGGUAAGGAUGCAAAAGAAGACCUUUAUUUGGAAAAAGAAAGUGAAAUGGGGGGUUCAUCAUCUGGAAGGAAAAGAAAGGCAAGCACAUCUUUGACUGAUGAGGAAGUUGAAGAUGAAGAAGAAACAAUUGAAGAACAAGAAGCUAAAGAAGGAAACAUAAACCAUCAAACUGAACUGUCUAAUCUAGCCAAAGAAGCUGAAUUGCCUCUGGAAGAUUUGGUAAAGAUGUACGAAGGUGCCUUUGCAGAAAAUUUUCACUGGCCCCAGCCAAAGCCUGACAGUGAAGAGGAGAGCAGUGAGGAAGAAAUGGAAGACCACAUGUCUGAUAGGGAGAGUCCCCAGAAAGAAGUUGUCCUCAUAGACUCCCUUCUCAGCAUUGACCAGUACAAGGGCAUGGACAGGUCGAGUCCUCCCAAGAAGCACAUGAGAGACAUAGCAGAAGUUGCUGCUGCAGCAGAGAUGUUGUUACCUAAAGGCAGCUCCAGGAUAACAACAGCAGUAAAAUACAACACUCCAUCACUGUUGUAUGGGUCUCUCAGAGAAUAUCAGAAGAUUGGGCUGGACUGGCUGGCAAAGCUGUACAGGAAGAAUCUCAAUGGCAUCCUGGCAGAUGAGGCAGGGCUUGGAAAAACAGUGCAAAUUAUUGCCUUUUUUGCCCAUUUGGCUUGUAAUGAAGGGAACUGGGGCCCUCACCUUGUAGUUGUCCGGAGCUGUAACAUAUUGAAGUGGGAGCUGGAGUUGAAACGCUGGUGCCCAGGGUUGAAAAUUCUUCUCUACUUUGGGAGCCAAAGAGAACUUAGGGCAAAAAGACAGGAAUGGACAGAACCCAACAGCUUCAAUGUGUGCAUCACUUCCUACAAGCAGCUGUUCAAGGGCCACACAGCAUUCAUGAAAAUGAGAUGGAAAUACUUAAUAGUAGAUGAGAUGCAGCAAAUAAAGAAUAUGACUGAGAAACACUGGGAGGCACUUUUCAAUCUCCGCAGCCAGCAUCGUUUGCUUCUGAUAGACACUCCUUUGCAUAACACACUGAUGGAGCUGUGGACCAUGGUACAUUUUUUGAUUCCGGGAAUUUCCAGACCUUACCUGGACUUUCCAGUAAAAGCACCUAAUGAGGAGAACCAGGAUUAUUGCCAUAAACUGGUCAUCAGGUUGCACAGAAUGAUUCAGCCGUUUAUUUUGCGGAGAUCAAAGAGGGACGUUGAGAAGCAGCUCACAAAGAAGUACGAGCACGUGCUCAAGUGCCGUCUGUCCAGUCGACAGAAAGCCAUGUAUGAGGAUGUCAUAUUGCAGCCAGGAACCCAGGAAGCCCUCAAAAGUGGGCACUUCAUCAGUGUCCUGCAUGUCCUGAUGCAGCUGCAGCGGAUCUGUAACCACCCUGAUCUGAUAAACCCCCGGCUCUCAAGCUCCUCUUUUGUCUCAGAAACCCUGGAAUACAGAACAGCCUCUCUGGUGCUGCGAGCCCUGGAAAGGGAUAUUUGGAAGGAAUCGGACCUGUCUCUUUUUGAUCUCAUUGGAAUGGAAGACAAAAUGACUCAUUAUGAAGCACAAAUGUUGCCAAAACAAAAGGUUACUAGAAAGUUGAUUGAAGAAAUAUACAGCUCCCCUCCACCACCAGCGAGGCCCAACCCAGUGAAGCUCAAACCAAGCAGGUUGUUCCAGCCCGUUCAGUAUGGUCAGAAGCCCGAGGGCAGGACUGUGGUUUUCCCAAGCACUCAAGUGCAGCGCACGGUGACCACCGCAACGGUGACUCAGCAGGGACAAGUUCGAGGCAGAUCCCCCAUAGCCACGGUGUCUUCAAAUCAAGCUGCAGCAGCACAGUUUCAGACAACUCAGGCUUCCACCAGUGCUCCAAGACACCAGCCCGCAGCGACCUUCACCACAGCAACUAGCGCAGCCAACCCUGUGAAACCGCGGGGCCAGAGCGCGGCGCCGGCCCCGCAGCCGGGCCAGCCCCAGCCACAGCCACAGCCACAGCCCCCCCCGCACACCAUCCAACAGAGUGUGCUGCCUCAGAGGCUCGUACUGACCUCUCAGGCCCAGGCACGGUUGCCUAGUGGUGAGGUAGUAAAAAUAGCCCAGCUGGCUUCUAUAGCAGGAGCACAAGGCAGGAUUGCUCAGCCAGAGACCCCAGUGACUCUGCAGUUCCAAGGGAACAAGUUCACCUUGUCACACAGUCAACUCCGCCAGCUCACUGCAGGGCAGCCCCUGCAGCUACAAGGAAGUGUCCUUCAGAUUGUGUCAGCCCCUGGGCAGCAGUACCUGAGGCCUCAGGGCCCUGUGGUCAUGCAGACAGUUUCCCAAGCAGGAACUGUGCAGAAUGCCCUGAAUGCUUUAGGAAACCAGCACCAGGCAGGUGGCCCAGCUUCCACUGCAGUCACACAGCAAGUUUGUAUUCCAGGUAGAGCUGCAGUUACUAACUUGCCAACUGGUGACAUGGGAGCAGUGUUAAAACCAGCACCUUUGCAUGGACAGUCACAGACGUUUGAGGAGAAGAACCGGCUCUUGAAGGAGCGCCUGGACAGGAUCUUCUCGGGCAACGAGCGCCGCUGCUCGCGGGCGCCGCUGUACGGCCGGGACGUGCUGAGUGUUUGCUCCCUGGCUGGGGACACAAAGGCCACCCAGCUGCCUUCCUGUGAGGGCAACCACUGGAGGUGGGCUGGCUUUGUCAACUGCUGCCUUUCCACAAGUGCCUGCGGAGGCCCAAGUAACCCCUUGAGGGAAAUGAUCCUGGGGUUGGUUCAGCAGCAGGAAUCUCUAAAGGAUCUUGUUAACAGGGCUCUCUUCGUGUUGCCAGCUGCAGUUGCUGCUCCCCCAUGUUUCUAUGUAGCAAAUCCUCCCCCUUCAUACAGUCACAAACUGAAACUCCUUAAGCACAGCCUGAGGCAGAAGGCAGCUCCACACUUGCAUCAGUUGCAGCAGCUGACAACUCCUCACUUGCUGCAGUUCCCUGACCUCCGGCUGGUGCAGUAUGACUCAGGAAAAUUAGAAGCUCUUGCUGUCUUGCUUCAGAAGUUGAAAUCUGAAGGGCGCCGUGUGCUGAUUUUGUCACAGAUGAUUCUGAUGCUGGACAUACUGGAGUUGUUCCUGAAUUUCCAUUUCCUCACCUUUGUGAGGAUUGAUGAAUAUGCCAACCAGGAACAACGUCAGGAGCUGAUGAAGAUUUUCAACAGAGACAAGCGCAUUUUCUGUGCCAUCCUCUCCUCUCACAGCCGUUCCACAGGAGUCAAUCUUGUUGAGGCAGACACUGUUGUGUUCUAUGACAAUGACCUGAACCCAGUGAUGGAUGCAAAAGCUCAGGAGUGGUGUGACAGAAUUGGGAGAUGUAAAGAUAUCCAUAUAUACAGACUUGUCAGUGGUAAUUCUGUGGAAGAGAAACUUUUGAAAAAUGGCACAAAGGACUUGAUCAGAGAAGUGGCUGCUCAGGGAAAUGACUAUUCAAUGGCCUUUUUAACACAGCAAACAAUUCAGGAAUUGUUUGAGGUUCAUUCUCCUAUGGAGGAUUCUGGAUUUAGAGUGAAAGCAGAAGAAUUUGUGGUACUUUCUCAAGAGCCGUCUCCAGCAGAAAAUAUUUCACCUAAAGUUGCAAGACCAUUCAUAGAGGCCCUCAACAGCAUUGAACGGGAGGAUGAGGAGUCAAAUGAUCACAUACAAGAAACAGGAUCUGAGUCAAGCAUUGAACCUUUAAUCUCAGAGCUCUGUGAGACAAAAUACAAUGAAGAGCCCUCACAGCUGCAGGAGUUAGUUGCUGUUGUGGAUCAGCUGACUCCAAUUGAGAAGUAUGCUUUGAAUUAUCUGGAGCUCUUCCACGGUUCAGUUGAUGACAAUGAGCCACGGUUGAGUGAGAUGGAACUGAAAACUGCAAAGAAAGCCUGGGAAGUCCAGCAUAUGAAGGAGUUAAAGGAAAGAGAGCAAAAAAUGCUUUGGGAGGAUGAAGAGGAGCUUCUCACCUACACUCGGGAGGAUGCGUACAACAAAGAAUAUGUCUAUGAAGGUCCAGAUGGACAAACUGAAAUUAUGCCACUCUGGACUCCUCCUACUCCACCUCAGGAUGACAAUGAUAUCUACAUAGAUUCUGUUAUGUGCCUGAUGUAUGAUACCACCCCUAUUCCAGAGUCAAAAUUGCCUCCAGUGUAUGUCAGGAAGGAGCGUAAGAGACACAAAACAGAUCCCUCUGCAGCAGGUAGAAAGAAGAAGCAACGUCAUGGAGAGACAGUUAUCCCACCUCGUUCACUCUUCGAUCGAGCAACUCCGGGAAUGUUGAAAAUGCGCCGAGAGGGCAAAGAGCAAAAGAAGAACAUCUUGUUGAAACAGCAGACACAGUUUGCAAAGCCUUUGCCAACUCUUGUCAAACCAGCUACUGAGGCUGGACAGGAUAAUCCAGAGUGGUUGAUCAGCGAAGACUGGGCACUUCUGCAGGCAGUGAAGCAGCUGCUGGAGCUUCCUUUAAACCUUGCUGUUGUGUCACCAGCACACACUCCCAACUGGGACCUGGUCAGUGAUGUUGUUAACUCCUGCAGCAGAGUCUAUCGCUCGCCCAAGCAGUGCCGCAACCGAUAUGAGAAUGUCAUAAUCCCAAGGGAGGAAGGAAAGACUAAAAACAGUCGCCCACUUCGUACCAAUCAGAUCUAUGCUCAAGAUGAGGGUGCAACCCACACACAGCUUUAUACUAAUCAUUUUGAGAUGAUGAAAAUGAUUGCAGGGAAAAGAAGUCCACCUAUCAAACCUCUACUUGGCAUGAAUCCUUUCCAGAAGAAUCCAAAGCAUGCAUCAGUGCUUGCUGAAAGUGGAAUCAACUAUGAUAAGCCCCUCCCUCCAAUUCAAGUCGCGUCCCUCCGAGCAGAACGCAUUGCCAAAGAGAAAAAGGCGCUGGCGGAGCAGCAGAGGGCCCAGCAGCAGACGGGCCCCCAGUCCCAGCAGCCCCAGGCGGGCCAGCAGCCCCCCCAGCAGCCCCCCGUGCAGCAGGCCCAGGCCCAGCCACAGGCACAGGCACAAGCACAGGUAGUUCAGCAGCCACAGGCAGUGGUGCAGACUGCAGUCACUACUGUGGCCAACACAGCAGUAUUGGUAAGAAAGGGAGAGCUCGAUGCCUCUGAUGUAGUAACUUCAGUUCUUCUGUGUGUGCUGUAUUUGUGUCGUGUUUUCUCUGGAAAGAGAGUUUUAGGUCAGUAUAGUGAGAUCAAAGAUGUGUUUUCUUGUUUGCUUUCCCUGGUUAUGCUGGGUGUCUUCUGGUUCCCUGAUUUAUUAAGACUAUUUGUACCAUUAACCAGUCCAGUUUGCAUAGCAGGCACCAUCAAAACAGCGGUGACGGGGACGAGCAUUCAGACUGCUACAGUGAGUGGAAAUGUGAUCGUGAACACUGUUGCUGGGGUCCCUGCUGCCACCUUCCAGCCCAUCAAUAAACGUCUGGCCUCACCUGUUAUACCUGGGACGCUGACUACCUCGGGAGGCACCGCCACCGCCCAGGUGGUUCACAGCCAGCCCCGCGCGGCCGCGGCGCCCGCGGCGUCCACCGAGCUGGUGACCAUCGCCUCCACGCAGGGCGUGCGCGCCGUGACAUCGGUGACCGCUUCGGCCGUGGUCACCACCAACCUCACCCCUGUGCAGACCCAGACACGGUCUUUGGUCACCCAGGUUACACCAGCUACACCAACAGUCCAGCUGUCAGGCAAAACCAUCACCCCUGCUCACUUCCAGCUUCUGAGGCAACAGCAGCAGCAGGCUGCUCAGGUGCAGGUCCCACAGAUCCAGGCUCAGGCACAAGCCCAGUCUCCAGCUCAAAUAAAAACUGUAGGGAAACUGUCACAGGAGCAGCUGAUCAAGUUGCAGAAGCAGAAGCUGCAGCUGCCCCAGCAGCAGGCAGCACAGCAGACACAGCAAGGGGCACAGCAGCAAACAGCACAAGUGCAAGUGCAGCAGCAGCAGCAAACCCAGCAGCUCACUGCUGUGACAGCCCCUCGUCCUGGCGCUGUCCUCACGGGCACUACGGUCACCAACCUGCAAGUGGCACGCCUGACUCGUGUUCCUGCUUCCCAGCUCCAAGCACAAGGACAGAUCCAGGCCCAGACUCCACAAGCAGCACAGGUUGCUCUGGCAAAGCCUCCAGUGGUGUCUGUUCCUGCUGCUGUUGUGUCAUCUGCAGGAGUCACCACACUCCCUGUGACUGUGGCAGGCAUUAGUGUUGCCAUUGGGCAGCCACAGAAAGCAGCAGGAGGCCAGACAGUCGUUGCACAGCCACUGCAUGUCCAGCAGCUGCUGAAACUCAAGCACCACCAAGCAGCACAGCAGCAGAAAGCCAUCCAGCCCCAGGUUGCACAGGGACAAGCUACUGUGCAGCAAAAGAUAAAUGCUCAACAGGUCACGGUCCAGACCCAACAGCAGACUUCACAGCAGCAAAAAGUAACUUAUGCUACACAGCCUGCCAUUAAAACACAGUUCUUAACAACUCCAAUUUCCCAAACCCAGAAACCAGGUGGAACCCAGCAAGUGCAGGCCCAGAUUCAGGUUGCAAAACUCCCACAAGUGGUCCAGCAACAGGCUACUGUUGCCAACAUUCAGCAGAUGGUUUCAGUUUCCCAACAGGUACAAGCUCAGCCCCAAACUGUGACCCUUUCUCAGACGACAGCAGGUCAACAGCAGGUUCAGGUGAUCCCUGCAACCACUGCUACUGCUCAGGUGGUGCAGCAGAAACUGAUCCAGCAGCAGGUUGUGACCACAGCCUCUCCCCAGGUUCAGGCUCCAGGUGUACAGAACCCAGCCCAGACACCAGCAACACCCGAAGCCCAGAGUCAGCAAGCAAAAGUACAGAUGAGGACACCGACUGUCAGAUUAAAGGCACCUACUAAACCAAGUUGAACUCUUGCAAUAACAGAAACACAGUACUUUGUGUUUGCUGAGACAAGUGAGAAGCUACUCCAAACAUCCAAAUGAAGACAAAACACCUCUAUUUUAUUUUUUUUUUUUGUAGCAGAAGGUUUCUUGCUGGUGAACAUUUAAACAUGAAAACUCACAUGUAACUUCAGUGUAUUAGCAACUGUUUAGCACUCAAACUCUGUACAAGAUGCAUUCUGCCUGUGUUCUCUGUGCUCAUUUAAACCACAUAAAGUAAGCAUUACUUAGGUUGAAAUUCUGCCCAGCUUCUCAAAAGUGAAAUGGUGAUCUGCCAUAAAUGUCAGUAAAAUCCAUCUGUGUUAGAGCACCACACCUGCCUGUGGCCAUGUGCAGCUCCUUGCUGUAGUUCAGUGUGUGCUCAGUACCCACAGUGAAGCCACACAAAGAACCAGGUGUAGUUGAUACAGCACAGUAUUUUCCACCUGUACAAAAGCUCUGUGUUGUUCUUCCCUGUGGUGAACACCCCUGGAAGAUCUAAUACAGGCUUGAAGUGCUCCCUGCAAAGUUUAGCCAAUAAAUGUGAAAACCUGUAAGUAUAUGUAAUUAAAAAGGAAAAAAAAAGGUUUCAUUCUCCAUUUUUGUAAGUCUUUUAAAAUGUUUGUUAGUAGUUUUUGUGUACAGUUUACUGAAUCACCCAACCUGUGUGCUCAUUCUCGUAUUUCACUUUAAAAUAAUGGAUAUUUUAGGCAUGAGCUGAGUAAAUACUGUGUUGAUAGUAAAUGUGUAUUAAAGUGUAGCCCAUUUUCUUUUUUUGUAAAAGAAUUGUUCAGUAGAUACAGCUAAACAGAUGAUCCAUAUCUGUUUCUCAUGGGACUUCUGUCACAAAAAAUCUCCAGCUGAUAAAAUCUUAUCUCUCAGUUUCAUUCUGCUCUUGCAACAUGUUUAAAUGUUCAGUACUUUUUACACGGCUUUCAGCUUAGGGGGUGGGGGGCUGGGGGAAGGGGAGAAUAGUGAAAUUAAAUCUAAGACUUAAUUCUUCAACUGUGUAAAGAGUAAGAUCUAACUUUUGUACUAUUCUUUUACUAAAGCUAACAAUGAAUGUAUCUUCAGGUGGGUAUUUUGGAUGUGAAUAGAGCGUGGCCUCUUCCUCCAAAUCAGUUUGCCUUAUUGUUGUGGAGGGAAAAAAAAGCAAAAAAGCUGCAUAGAACUGUGGGGGGUUUCUUUACUUUUCUUGCAUACAGUGAAUAACAGACUUUGCAAACAGCACUGAGUGAGGAAUCAAAAAGCCCAUGGUGGCUUGAAGGGAUUUAUUUUACUUUGGCCAUAAAACUGCACAACCUUUAAAAUCCAGACAAAAUUACAACAUUCCUUUUCUGAGAUGGUUUUAAAAUUAUUUUUUCAUUCUGUGAUCUUUUUACUCUUUUAGGAAAGGAGCCUAUUUAAGGGCAAGGAAAGCAUAUAUUUUGUUUUUACCUCUGUAUGUCCACACUUGUUGGUACCUGGCAAUCCACAUGGCUUAAACAAGAAAGAAUUCUCAGCCAGCUCCUCUGUUAGUUGGGAUGGGUACAGCCAGUUCUGUUCAGAUCACAAAUGUAAACAUUGGCUCAGGCAAUGUUCCUGAUUUUUUUAUUUUAUACCUCUUUUGUCCUGCAUACUUUUUUUCUUGGACCCUCAGGUGUACAAAUACCAAGGGCAUUUUGGAUUUUUUUUAAGCUGUUUUUGCAUGCAUUAGUAUUCCCCUGACCCUGCUAACCCCUGGCAUGUGCCAUCCCCUAAACUUCACGGCCAGCCAGGGAGCUGGCACUGCUGACAGCAGAGUAGUUUAAAAUGCAAAGCAGAUGCAGUGGUAAUGGAUAGUGACACUGUGUACAGUAUAGCCUUGCUCAUCCAAAAAUAUUGCUUAGGUAGCCCCAGGUUUACUUUUAAGUGUUUAGCUUUUAUGAUGUGCAUGAAGGUCGGGGUGGGGGGGAACAGUUCCAGCAGUGGGAGAGCUGCUGGCUACGUCGUUGUGCUGGUCUGAUUUGGUGUCUAAAGAGGCGAUUGUUUCUUGUUUAGGUCAGUUGAUGAAGAUAAAAAGUCACCAUUUUUUUUUUUUCCUCCUAAUUAUUUUUUUUUUCCUCCUUUCGAUGUGUCUUUCUCCCAGGAGUGUGUUAGGAAGUCAGCCUGUACAUAAGUGAUGAACAUUUGUACUCGACCCAGUAGGAUGAUAAGGAAUAGUGCUGUAUCCUACCUGAAGGUGUAAUAAAGUGUACAUUUUUAUA